GAAAAUCGCAUCCGCAUUUUCCCAACUCUCUCUCUCUCUCUCUCUCUCUCUCUCCCCCCGAUCAGUGGAAGAAGAAGAAAAAUAAGAAGUCCGACGGCGAGCGAGAGCUGUGAGAAAUGGAUAUACCGGAGGAGACGAGGCUUCGCCACAAGCGUGAUUUUCUUCAGUUCCUCGAAAACAUCUACAUGGAUGAGAUCAAGGCGAUGAUACAGCACAAGCGCCUCCGCCUCAUCGUCAACGUCUCCGAUAUUCAUUCCUACUUCCGUGAAUCUGCUGCCAGGAUCCUCAAGAACCCAACCGAGUAUAUGCAAUCAUUUUGUGAUGCAGUCACUGAAGCUACUCGUAAUAUUGAUCCAAAGUAUUUGAAGGAAGGAGAGCAAGUUCUUGUGGGAUUUGAAGGUCCUUUUGUCUCCCGCCGUGUAACACCCAGAGAUCUUCUCUCAGAAUUUAUUGGAUCUAUGGUCUGUGUUGAGGGCAUUGUCACCAAAUGUUCACUUGUAAGGCCGAAGGUUGUUAAAAGCGUGCACUUUUGCCCUUCAACUGGUGAAUUUACCAACCGUGAAUAUCGAGACAUUACAUCCCAUAUUGGUCUGCCUACUGGAUCGGUGUAUCCCACAAGGGAUGAUAAGGGUAACUUAUUGGUUACUGAGUAUGGACUGUGCAAAUACAAAGAUCAUCAGACUAUGUCAAUUCAAGAAGUUCCUGAGAAUUCUGCCCCUGGUCAGCUUCCACGAAGUGUGGAUGUCAUAGCUGAAGAUGACCUAGUCGAUGCAUGCAAACCAGGAGAUCGAGUAGCCAUAGUAGGUGUUUAUAAAGCUCUUCCAGGCAAGAGCAAGGGUAGUGUAAAUGGAGUGUUUAGGACUAUCCUCAUAGCCAGCAACAUCUCUCUGCUCAAUAAAGAAGCAAAUGCACCUGUAUACACCCCACAAGAUCUACAGAAUAUCAAGAAGAUUGCAGCGAGAGAUGAUGCUUUUGAUCUCCUUUCUAACUCUUUAGCACCUUCUAUCUAUGGGCACUCUUGGAUAAAGAAAGCAGUCAUUUUACUGAUGCUUGGUGGAGUCGAGAAGAAUCUGAAAAACGGAACCCACUUAAGAGGGGACAUUAACAUGAUGAUGGUUGGUGAUCCAUCAGUUGCAAAAUCUCAACUUCUAAGAGCAAUCAUGAACAUUGCACCUUUGGCCAUCUCAACUACUGGUCGGGGUUCAUCAGGUGUUGGAUUGACUGCAGCUGUCACUUCUGACCAGGAAACUGGGGAAAGAAGGCUAGAGGCCGGAGCAAUGGUCCUUGCCGAUAGGGGUGUCGUUUGCAUUGAUGAGUUUGAUAAGAUGAACGAUCAGGACCGUGUUGCUAUACAUGAAGUAAUGGAGCAACAGACCGUAACAAUUGCCAAAGCAGGUAUCCAUGCUUCAUUGAAUGCUCGAUGCAGUGUGGUUGCUGCGGCAAAUCCUAUAUAUGGAACUUAUGAUAGAUCAUUAACUCCAACCAAGAACAUUGGACUUCCGGACUCCUUGCUUUCUCGUUUUGAUCUUCUGUUUAUUGUGUUGGAUCAAAUGGAUCCUGGUAUUGACAGCCAGAUUUCGGAACAUGUACUUCGCAUGCACCGUUACAAAAGUGAUAGAGGUGAGGCUGGGCCAGAUGGAAGCUUACGGUUCCAAAGAGAGGAAGAUGGCGAAAAUGACUCAUCCGUGUUUGUCAAGUAUAACCGGAUGCUACAUGGGAGAAAGAGGCAAAGGGGCCACAAGGAAGAUACUCUUACUAUAAAGUUCCUGAAAAAGUAUAUUCAUUAUGCCAAGCACCGUAUCCAACCAGAGCUCACUGAUGAGGCAUCUGAACAUAUUGCAGUGGCAUAUGCAGAGCUCAGAAACGUAGGAUCUGAUGCAAAGACUGGGGGAACUCUUCCUUUCCCUAUUGAAUCUGCAAGUAUAAAUAUUAAUCUUGUUACACUUUUUGAGUAUCUGAACUAUUUUGGAUUAACGGAUGAAUACUUUCCUGGGCAGGUCGCCAAAUCGGACGUAGAAGCUGCCCUGAAACUUUUGAACUUUGCAAUCUAUCAUAAAGAGCUGACAGAGAUGGAGGAAAGAGAACAGCAAGAACAGGAGAGGGAAGAGUCAGAACAGGAAAGAACACGUAGAGGGAACAGACGCCUUCACAGAAAUAGCGAUAGAGAAGAGAAUGGGGGUUCUGCAGAUACCGUAGAAAGGCAAACGGAAGAUGCAAUGGAAGUGGAUAAUGCUCCUGAAGGGCAGGAAUUCAAUGGCACUCUCUCUGCUGAAAGGAUUGAAGCGUUUAAGAAAGUGUUUGGGCAACACAUGACAGCAAACCGGUUGGAUGACAUAUCCAUUGAAGACAUAGAGAAGGUUGUCAACACAGGAGCGGCUGCUUCUGCUCGUUAUUCCAGAGCCCAUAUCAUGUUUCUUUUAGAGAAACUGCAAGAUGAUAACAAAGUGAUGAUAAGCGAGGACAGAGUUCAUAUCAUAUGAGGAUCCUCCAUCUGCCCUUCAAAGGUUUCUUCUGUUUUUGGAUCUCUUCACCCGCUUUACUCGUCCCUUUGCUUCAUCAGCCUUGAAGAUGUUUUUUUUUAUGUGUAUUUCUAUUUAUGUUACCUGUUGAAAGAUAACUCCAAUCCGACGAUGUAUAAAGCUAUACAUGCUUCCUAUGCCCCCUAUGUUCUAUUAUGCAUUAUGCCCCCCAUGGACUUUAA